GUAGGGGUGGGACACACAGAUCAUGUAAGACUUGGCGCUUCUGGCAAUUCUUCUGUCACUUUGACGACUUUUGCGACUGUUAGGUUUGGCUUUCUGGCAUCAUGGCUGCUGUGACUUGAGAUACCAGCACUCAGACAUUCUGGUUGGCAGUCGUCUGAUGAGCUGGUGUCCAUGAGGGGAAAAGUCAAUUCAUGCCAGCUGCUCUGUUUCUCAGCACUUCGCCAUCUGUUUUAUUGCUUUCUGGGGAAAAGUAAAGUCUGUUUCCGUUUUAAUUUAAAUAUAUAUUUUUUCUUUUAUCAUUUGGGAUGUUGUCAAAGUAAAGGUGUAAGAUAAAGAUUGACAUUGAAAACAUAGUCUAGAAUAAAUACAGUGCCAGUUAUGUCGAGGGAAGAAAAACCCAUAAAAUGAACUYGUCWUUMAUUUCUACAGCCUAAUCUCAAGAUUUAAAAAAACCCCAUUUCUAGUAACUUUCAUUAAAAACAAUUGACUUUUUGUUUUCCUGGGGUAUAAGUAUCAAUUAACAGUAUAGUUAGGCUUCAACAAGGACACAAGAACAAGCAAUGAAUCAGCAAGAAAAUAACUUGUCAUCUAAACUUCCUCAUAUCCACAAUCAGAGCAAAUUGCCGUGCCAUGUUUUCUUUUUUUUAUGUUAUAAAUUGGAGGGGGGAAAGGGGGAGCAGAGCGAUGGGCUCGCCCAGGGCCUGAGUCAAGUGAGAACCGCCACUGUUUUAAACACUGUAUCUGUGCUGGCCAAUCACAGGAGCUCAUUCAGUGACAAACUGAACGCCACUGGAAAUCAUUCCCAUGUGUGGCAAUAGAAACGAUAUGACUCCAUCCUUAGACCACAACAAACGGACCACUUUAACGCCAUUUACUGAUUCAGAGACGAGACACUGCCUGCCACAGACCUUUAUCCCUCUCCAGCCUGCACCAACUGGCUCCAGCUCUGAUCUUAUUACUGAACUGGUGUACCAUGAAGAGCUGCCCCACAGAGUGUGCCAACACACACCAGGCUACAAGUGUGAAGGCUCCUCGUCAGACUCUGCAGCUCUCCGUCUGACAGGGAGGACACAUCGGACAACUCAGGGAAACAUGUGCUGCUUCGUGGAGCGGAGUUGGUCAGAGCCAGAGAGGAACUGCAGAACAGGAAGCAGUAAAAAAUAUAACACAAUGCAAAUCACAGCUGCAAGCAUCAUGGUCUCUCUUAAACUCUCGUAUGUCAAAAAUAAUGUUUUUUUUUUUUAAUAAGACUUUUUUUUAUUGCUGUAAUGCAAAUUAAGAUUUUCCCAUAGAUUAUUGGGAGGAGGAAAAUUACCUAUCUUUUUAAAAUGAAAUAUAAAGAUGAAAAGAGUAUUAUUCUUUACUUGAAGUAUGUUGUUUUAUCAUAUUUUGAGGGAUGUCUCUCUUUUCCCCUCCACUAAAAAUAAACCUUUUGCAACUUAUUAAAGCUUGAAUUGGCAUUCGCAGCAUUUUUAUAUCUUCAAAGGUUAUACUUUUGGGUAAAAUAGGGGAAAAAAAGAACGUUCCCCCCAAAGGUUUUCAAAGCAUUCCCCAGAACAGAACAUUCUGAUUUUCAGAUCCGUCUGCUUCCUGAGUUUUGGUGCUGGGUUUGUUCUUAAAGGGAAAGAAGAACUGAAGCGCUCGAGAUGGAAAUCAUAAGUUAAUUUUUUUGUUGUUGUUGUUGUUAUUUAUUUAAGUAAGGGGGAUUCCGUCGUAAGAGUUUCUGAAUUUGAAUGCUAAAUCAUUAUCAUUAAUGUUUUUCACUAUAACCCGUGCACACGGUGGAUUAUAUAAUAUAUUACAAUGGCAUUAAAGUGACAGUGAGUUCUCCUUGACGCGGCCCUGUCCUUCCCCUUUAAAUCCAGACCCUCCGCCAUGUCGGCAUAGACAGCAGCUUCCUCUGCUUCUGCAUCCCCCGUCUCCCCCUCUCUGGCUACCACUUUCUGCCGCGUCAGCUACGUCUUUUUUCCUCUCUCUCCCCUCCCUGCCAUGCUCCGGGUUACCUCGCUGCUGCUUGCCCUGCUGUUCGUUCUGUUGCCGGGCUCGGGCUGGGGUUAUUUCCCGGAGGAGCGCUGGAGCCCCGAGUCGCCGCUCCUGGCUCCCAGGGUCGUCAUCGCGCUGGUCUGCCGCAACUCGGCCCACUCUCUGCCGCUGUUCCUCGGAGCCGUCGAGCGGCUGAACUACCCGAAGGACCGCUUAGCGCUGUGGGUGGCGACAGAUCACAACAUUGACAACACCACAGCUAUCCUGAGAGACUGGCUUAUCGUGGUGCAGAAUUACUACCAUUAUGUGGAGUGGCGACCUGAUGACGAAAACAGUGCCUUUGAGGAUGAAGUGGGGCCAAAACACUGGAAUAAUCUCCGAUAUGAACACGUGAUGAAACUUCGGCAGGCAGCGCUGGACACUGCCCGCGAGAUCUGGGCCGACUACCUCCUGAUGUCCGACUGUGACAACCUGCUCACCGACAGAGACGUGUUGUGGAAGCUGAUGAGGGAAAACAAGACCAUCGUCGCCCCCAUGCUGGAGUCUAGAGCUGCUUACUCCAACUUCUGGUGUGGGAUGACUUCGCAGGGUUACUACAAGCGCACCCCGGCCUACAUGCCCAUCCGCCGCCGGGAGCGCCGCGGCUGCUUCGCCGUGCCGAUGGUCCACUCCACCUACCUGGUGGAUCUGAGGAAAGAAGCAUCUAGUCAGCUGGCUUUCUACCCGCCACACCCCGAGUACAGCUGGGCGCUGGACGACGUCAUUAUCUUCGCUUACUCUGCUCGCAUGGCAGACGUGCAGAUGUACGUGUGCAACAGAGACACCUACGGGUAUUUCCCGGUGCCCAUGCGUUCCCAUGCUUCCAUGCAGGAUGAGAUGGAAAGCUUUCUGCACACUCACCUUGAGAUCAUGGUGAAUAAUCCUCCACUGGAGCCCUCCAGCUUCCUGUCUCUUCCUCCCAAGCAUCCAAACAAGAUGGGCUUUGAUGAGGUCUUCAUGAUAAAUCUGGUUCGUCGAGUCGACCGCCGCGAGCGAAUGCUGAGAACUUUGUACGAGCAGGAAAUCAGCUGUAAGGUCGUUGCCGCUGUGGAUGGCAAAGCUCUGAAUACGUCUGAUAUAGAUUCCAUGGAGAUUAAGAUGCUGCCGGGAUACAAAGACCCUUAUCACGGUCGGCCUCUCACCAAGGGCGAGCUGGGUUGUUUCCUCUCUCAUUACAACAUCUGGAAGGAGAUCGUGGACCGCGGCCUCCAGACGACCCUGGUGCUGGAGGACGACCUCCGCUUCGAGGUGUUCUUCAAACGCCGGCUCCAGGCACUGCUGCAGGAAGUGACCACACACAAACUGGACUGGGAUCUUAUAUACAUCGGACGGAAGCGGAUGCAGGUGGACCACCCGGAGAAGUCCGUCCCGAACGUCCACAACCUGGUGGAGGCCGACUACUCCUACUGGACGCUGGGCUACAUGCUGUCUCUGCAGGGAGCCCAGAAGCUCCUCAUGGCCGAGCCUCUGAGCAAGAUGCUCCCCGUCGACGAGUUCCUCCCGGUCAUGUACAACAAGCACCCCAUCUCGGAGUACAUGGCUCCCUUCGAGGAGCGGGACCUGCGGGCGUUUUCCGCCGAGCCGCUGCUGGUGUACCCGACCCAUUACACGGGGGAUGCGGGCUACAUCAGCGACACAGAGACAUCCGUGGUGUGGGACAACGAGACCGUCAAGACGGACUGGGACCGGGCCAGGUCGAGGAAGACGCAGGAGCAGGGCGAGCUGAGCUUCGAGGCGCAGAACUCGGACGUGCUGCAGUCCGAGCUGGAGAACGUGAGCGCGCGGGACGAGCUGUGAAGAAGAAGAAGAAAAGGGAGAAGUAGAGCUCCGAGGCACGGAGACAAGGGAGACUGAAAAAAGCUGUGAUGCAGAGAACAGAGGAAAGUAUGGAGGGAACAUGAUCAAAAACAGCCUGAGAGGCAGAGCUAAUGGAGGCUUAGUUCACCAGGGAAAAAACAGUUUCCUUAUAGAUUUCUCGCUCCACUAAUGGAUCUUUCUCCUGAGAGAUUAGAUGUCGAGUUAACUCUUGAAGAGUCUGCUAACACCUUUUGGUUUAUUUAUUGCAGUCGAUACAAAUGUCUUGCUUUAAGUGUGAUCCAGUUAUUUUAUUUAAUUUUUUUUGUACAUCAACUUUUCUGAAACUAAUGCAAACGUUCACUUAGACUUUCUGUGCAUCUGAAAAAGAAAACAAGGUUGCAUAUAUGCAAGUGGAUUAAUCGAUUAUUGGAUUAAUCAUCUAAAUUUGGCAUUUGAUCAGUCGGUAAAGGGAGUACACAGAUUUAAAAAAAGCCACUUGUUGAAAGAACAACAUGUUUGGGCAGUAAUGAACUGUAAAACAGAAUAUACAUUUUGCCUUUAAGAUGAAAAGAAAAACACUUUUUCAGUAAAUAUGUCCUGUGCAAAACUCCUGAUGUGGCAUUUUUAGCUUCGCCUGCUGCAAAUUCUAGUUUGCAACCUUAUCUUAUUGUUAAUAUAGGAGUAUAUUUUGGGUUAAAAUAAAUAAUUGGAUCACAUUUUAUUUUGCAUGGACUGACUCUGCAGCUCCUCGGGUGUUUAUGUUUGUCAGCUCCUGCAUGUCCACAAUCUGUGGCCUUUUAAACCAAAAAAUUUAGGUUUUUUUUUUUUUAUAAUUUUUUUUUUAAUUUUAGGUUUAAUGCAGAUGAUGGAAGCAAUAAAAAACAAAAACAAUUGUAGUUGACAAAAUAUGUUCAAUUGUUCCUGCUUUCUGUUUUGGAUGUAUCUUGUUAUGCCUGCCUGAGGUCCUGACACCAACGUUUCUCUGAGUGUCUCUUAUCGUCUUGUUUAAGGCAAACCUCAGACGUUUCUUUUGUUUUCAACGAUGAAUGUAUCUGAGUCUUUUCUUGCCAAAGAAACGUUUCCACAUUUKGACAGUAGCAGGUUUGAUUGUCUCUGUGUUUUUUGGGGGGGGGGGGUUCUGCUCUUGACCUUUUGCAGGAUUUAUUAGCAAACCAGCAGCUUGUGUUGCGUGUUUGUUUAAAUUUGCAAAUAUAGAUUUAAAAAAAAAACAAA